UACGUAGUCUCUGUACAGUUAGAUGGGAUAGACUUAUGUGGUCUGAAUAUAUCAAGAAUUCAAAAUAUUGGAGGUACUGACGCCACUUAUCUACAGCUAGCAAGAUGGCUAGAUAUUCCUUCUCAUAUGUUGACAAUCCCUAAUUUUUGACCCCAAGAGUCUUGCUUACGUAUGGUAAGGGAUGAUUGUUUUGCAGAAGAACAACCCCAAUUCCUUUGCUAGAAGCAUCUGUUCCUAUGGCAAAUGGUUUAGAAAAGUCUAGAAGCAUGAGUACAGGAGCUGUAGUUAGGCUCUGUUUGAGGGUGCGAAAAGCUUCUUCAUGCACUUGUGCCCAUAUGAACAAUGCCCCUUUUUUCAAUAGAUCAUUGAGAGGUCGAGUAAUAACUCCAAAGUUUUUGACGAACUUGCUAUAGUAACCAGCAAGUCCAAGAAAUCCUAUAAGGUCUUUAUAGUUUGAAGGUGUAGCCCAUGAAGGCACUGUCUCUAUUUUUGAUGGGUCAGUAGCCACCCUCUGUUGGCUAACGACAUGUCCCAAAUAGCCUGUUUUCUGUUGGGAUAUGCUCUUGACUGCGGCUGCGCGGCCGUCGGCGAUGGAGGCAUGGCACCGCGGGCAGGAGCAGCAAGCCCGGGGCAUCGUGUUGUAGGUGAGGGACGGGAACCUGGAGCGGGCGCUGUCGGUCAUGGAGCUCAAGAUGCGGUCCGCCGCAUCCGGUCGCGCACCCACCGCCACGUGAAGGACUCGGAGAAGCGCGUGCUCGCGCGUAAGGCGCUAAUGCAGCACGUCCGGUACCAGGAGCUCGGCAAGAAGCUCCGCGAGAUCCUCAUCAGGAACAUCAGGUCAGGGCCAUCCUCCCAUCUCCACCAAUACCUGUACCUGCUAGCGCACUGCCUCUGUGUGCUUGUCUUUGUCACUUCUUGCUGGUUGAUUUGUUGAUCAGACAUUUAUAGUGGCUUGCGGUGACGAAUUGGAACGGAUUCUAUAGUGAUCGCCAAGUGCUCGACGAAAUGUCUCGUGAAGUUCUAUCUACCACGCUUAGUGGAAUUGAGUGUGUUUGCGGAUUGAGUUGCGCUGAGGAAGAAGUUUCAGUGCUGAGCGCAGUGUCAACCCGGUGCAGGUAUCUGGAUUGGAAGGUUUGUGUGAGAGGAACACUUUCAUGUGCACCCAACUCAUCCUUAGCUCACUUAGGCAUCCACGAAACAGGUGUGUUGUAUGGUGGUACCAGGAUAUAUGAACAUGCUACAAAUUUUGAACAUGCUACAAAUUUAGGAGCCUUUUGGUAGAUUUUUCAUGGCAUGUGGUGAUCCAACGUAUCAGGUUUGUGUCACUAAUUUGAUCCUGCAUCUUU